AUGUCAGAAGCUUCAAAUCCUUACGCUCCAAGUCCGUAUGACGAGGUCUCCAACGUGGGCAACUUUCAACUGAUCGAAUCUACUCUUAGAGAGGGUGAACAAUUCGCCAACGCAUUUUUCUCAACUGAAAAGAAGAUCGAGAUCGCCAAGGCGUUGGACGACUUCGGUGUUGACUACAUCGAGCUAACGUCACCCGUCGCCUCUGAGCAGAGCCGCAUGGACUGUGAGGCCAUCUGCAAGCUGGGCUUGAAGGCCAAAAUCCUCACGCACAUUCGUUGCCACAUGGACGACGCCAAGGUCGCCGUCGAAACUGGUGUUGACGGUGUGGACGUAGUGAUUGGUACGUCGCAAUUUCUAAGACAAUAUUCCCACGGUAAGGACAUGAACUACAUCGCUAAGAGUGCCGUUGAGGUGAUCGAGUUCGUCAAGUCCAAGGGCCUCGAGAUCCGUUUCUCUUCCGAAGACUCUUUCAGAUCCGACAUUGUCGACCUGCUGAACAUUUACAAGACUGUCGAUGCUAUUGGUGUCAACAGAGUCGGUAUUGCCGACACCGUCGGGUGUGCAAACCCAAGACAGGUGUACGAACUGGUCAAAACCUUAAAGAACGUCGUGAGCUGUGACAUUGAAUGUCACUUCCACGACGACACCGGUUGCGCCAUUGGUAACGCCUACUCCGCUUUGGAGGCUGGUGCCAGACUGAUCGACGUUUCUGUCCUUGGUAUUGGUGAGAGAAAUGGUAUUACCCCUCUAGGUGGUUUGAUGGCAAGAAUGAUUGUCUCUGCUCCAGACUACGUCAAGUCCAAAUACAAGCUGCAUAAGUUGCGUGAUUUGGAAAACCUGGUCGCCGAGGCCGUGCAGGUAAACUUGCCCUUCAACAGUCCUAUUACCGGUUUCUGUGCUUUCACUCACAAGGCAGGUAUUCAUGCAAAGGCUAUUUUGGCCAACCCUUCAACUUACGAAAUUCUGAAUCCUGCUGACUUCGGGAUGACGAGAUACAUUCAUUUCGCUAACAGGCUAACUGGUUGGAAUGCCAUUAAAUCCAGAGUUGAGCAGCUCAACUUGCAUUUAACUGAUGAUCAGAUCAAGGACGUUACCGCAAAGAUCAAAAAGAUUGGUGAUGUCAGGCAAUUGGGUAUUGAUGACGUUGACACAAUCAUCAAAGACUUUCACUCUGAACUGCAAUAA